AGUCGCAUUUCGACGUUGUUCAGAGUCGCCCGUACGAUUCCCGUCGACGCGUAUCUGUCAAACGCUUCGAUAUCGAUAAAAACACUUUCAUUUUAUAAGAGUGUGAAAUGUCGGGAUAAUAAGUAGGUCUCGCUAACCAUCAUGGCUCGCUCUGUGUUGGCGGGCGGAGCGUUGCUCUGCGCGCUGAGUGUGGCGUUGCAGACGCACGCGCUCACCCUGCUGCCACACGACGUGCGGCCUGGUCAUGCCGUCCGACGCUUCGUCGGCAACCACUCCCGCUACACCCUACUUGACCCGCAGUACUCCUCCUACUUCACGCUGCUCGACAACGGACUCCUCAUGACCACCGCCGAUCUCGCACCGCUUCUCAACCAACCGGUCAAUCUUGCCGUCCUAGAACAAACUCCGUACAGCAGUGCGGCCCAUUCCAUAAACCUCAUAGUAAUGGACCGCAGAAAAAUGAUACACUUUCCAACAACUGAUGAUAUUCGCGGAGAAAUACCUGAAAAUGCACCGCCUGGAACCGUCGUCGACUUGCCACCUGUAAGAGCAGCAGCAUUUUCUGAUAUCGGUCCGAUCGCUUACAAAAUUGUUAAAGGCAACGAAGAUUCCAUUUUUUCUUUACGGGAAAAGGGCAAAGGAGAAACCAUACCAACAGUGAGAUCUGUAAUUACCGAUGGUGAUAUAGAAAUUAUCGCAACACAAUCCCUGGAUACGGAAGAAAAGAGUUUUUAUAAUUUAAUGAUCCAGGCUACCGAUCUUCGUGGGGCCAACAAAGCUAAUCUCCCCAUUACAGUGGAUGUCACUAACGAGAAUGAUCAUUCUCCUAUAUUUGACCAAACCAUUUACUACUUCGCAGUAAAUGGAACACCUGCAGAAAAUGGGCCGAACGGAACUGGACAUUGGCAACGUUUCUCGAGCAUAGGCAAAGUACGUGCAUAUGAUGAAGACGGUGAUCGAGUAUAUUAUUCGCUUGCAAGUCACAGCAAUUUAGCUGUAAUAGUUCCACAAACAGGAGAACUGAUUCUCGCUGGUGAACCUGACAGCCACGAAGCUGAAUUACAUGUGGUCGCACACGACACAGGCACUCCUCCACGCAAAAGUCAGCCCGCAAGAGUUUUCAUUGAAUUUGUAAUUCGCCAACAAAAAUAUUUGCCUACGCUUCAUCGCGAGAAGCGACGUGUAACGCGCGCCGUCAGACCUACGAAACGAAUAGAAUUCACUGAAGCGGAUGGUGAAGUAGAAGGACGAGCUGUUUUCACCCUCGAGAAAGAAACGGAUCGUGAGACAUUUAAAAUUAGAGACGAAAAUCCGUGGGUUACCGUUGAACCUAGUGGUGUAGUGAAAGUUAAAAAGAAGUGGGACUACGAAGAGCUGGGACCAGAAAAGACCAUUGACUUCUGGGUGACCAUUACCAAUGCAGGAAACGGAGUGGCUUUGAAAUAUACGGACAAUCAGCGAGUUAUAAUCCACGUCAAGGAUGUCAACGAUGAGCCGCCUUACUUUAUCAACCGGCCUUUGCCGAUGCAAACGGUGGUGCAACUCAACGCAGCACCGAACACCCCAGUGUUUACGCUGCAGGCCAGGGACCCAGACACCGACCACAAUAUCCACUACUUCAUCGUCCGGGACCGGACCGGCGGCCGGUUUGAGGUGGACGAGAGAUCUGGAGUGGUCCGCACAAAGGGCACUGAUCCGUUCCAGUUGGAUAUGGAAUAUGUUUUGUACGUGAAGGCCGAAGAUCAGAGUGGGCGUGUGGACGAAAGACGUUUCCAGUCGACCCCCGAGGAGCGGCUGAGUAUCGUCGGCGGCAAACGCGCGCCGCAGUUCUACCUGCCCAGCUACGAGGCCGAGAUCGCUGAGAACCAGAAGAAAGACUCCGAUAUAAUAUCAGUAAAAGCCAAAUCGUUCGCUGACCGCGAGAUUCGCUACACCCUGAAAGCGCAAGGUCAGGGCGCGGGCACGUUCAACAUUGGGCCCACCUCUGGCAUCGUCAAGCUUGCCAAGGAACUGGACUUUGAAGACCUGAGGCAGCCGCAUGUGUACUCCCUGGUUGUUACUGCUACGGAAGACUCUGGUGGAUUUUCUACAUCUGUUGAGCUCACGAUACGUGUGACUGACGUGAACGACAACGCCCCUAAGUUUGAGCUGCCUGACUACCAGGCCCACAACGUAGACGAGGACAUCCCUCUUGGCACCAGCAUCCUCAGGGUCAAGGCCAUGGAUGCUGAUUCCGGGAAAAAUGCUGAGAUAGAAUAUUUGGUCUCAGAUGACCACUUCAGUGUAGAUUCAAACGGAAUUAUCACAAACAACAAGCAACUAGAUGCCGACAACAACAACGCCUACUACGAAUUUGUAGUCACUGCUAAAGAUAAGGGAGAACCAGCGAAAACAGGCACUGCGACUGUCAGAGUCUACACCAAAAACAAAAAUGACGAAGAGCCCAAGUUUUCGCAACAAGUGUACACGCCCAAUGUGGACGAAAACGCUGGACCUAAUACAUUGGUCACAACUGUAGUGGCUUCAGACAAAGACGGUGAUAAUGUGAGAUUUGGAUUCGUUGGUGGGGGCACUAGUUCAGGACAGUUUGUUAUAGAAGAAAUAACUGGUGUCAUACGACUGCACAAUAAGGCUAUAUCAUUAGACAGAGAUAAGUACGAACUUAAUGUGACUGCUAUGGAUGAUGGCGCAUGUUGUGUUAACGGAGACGCUACAAUACAUACUUCGACUGCUGUAGUAGUUGUGUUUAUAACUGAUGUGAACGAUAACAAGCCCAUAUUUAAAGACUGUCCGACUUAUUUCCCUAAAGUAGAAGAAGGCGCGCCAAAUGGUAGUCCAGUUAUUAAAGUACAUGCUACGGAUGAAGACAAAGGUGUCAAUGGUCAAGUGAAAUAUUCAAUAGUUCAGCAGCCAAAUCAAAAAGGUACCAAGUUCACGGUUGAUGAAGAAACCGGUGAAGUUUCUACAAACAAAGUUUUCGAUCGGGAGGGAGACGAUGGAAAGUUUGUGUCAGUAACAGUUAAAGCCACUGACCAAGGGGAGCCUUCAUUAGAAGGAGUUUGCUCAUUUACUGUGGAAAUAACCGACGUUAAUGAUAACCCACCACUAUUCGACAGACAAAAAUAUGUGGAGAACGUUAAACAAGACGCCAGUAUUGGCACAAAUAUUCUCAGGGUAUCAGCAUCUGAUGAAGAUGCUGAUAAUAACGGCGCCAUUGUAUAUACUUUAAGUGCGCCUUUUAACCCUGCUGAUAUAGAAUAUUUUGAAAUUCAACCUGAAUCAGGUUGGAUAAUACUGAAGAAGCCUCUCGACCGGGACAGGUACCGACUGCGAGUGCGGGCCUCCGACAGAGGCGCCCCGCCCUCCUCCGCAGACGUGGACGUUGAAUUAGACGUGGUAGACAGGAACAAUAAGCCCCCCAUCUGGGACAUGACCACGUAUGGCCCCGUUCACAUCAAAGAGAAUGUCACAGUGGGUACCGUAGUGACCAGUGUGAAAGCCAGCUCCGGCAUUGAGAACAACCCGACCGUGUUCUACAGACUAAUGCCCGGAUCCACCGCCCAGACCAACAAAUUCCACACUUUCUAUUUACAACAAAGAGCCGACAAUGGCUUCACUUGGGCCGAUAUAAAAGUUAAUCACCCAUUAGAUUACGAAAGUAUCAAGGAAUACAAUCUUACCAUUCGCGUUGAGAACAACGGAGCACAACAACUGGCGUCGGAGACGACCGUCUACAUCAUGCUUGAGGAUGUCAACGAUGAGAUCCCACUGUUUACGGAGAGGGAGCAGGAGACAGUGUUGGAGGGAGAGCCUAUCGGGACCAAGGUGACGCAGGUCAACGCCAUAGACAAGGAUGGCACGUUCCCCAAUAACCAGGUGUAUUAUUACAUCGUGGAUUCACCGCGGAACGAGGGGAAGGAUUUCUUCGAGAUCAGCAUGCAGACGGGCGAGAUCUUCACGAAGGUGGUGUUCGACAGGGAGAAGCAGGGAGCCUAUGCCCUGGAGGUGGAAGCGAGGGACGGAGCUCCGUCGGCGCGGCCCAACUCCGACAACCAACCUAACUCAGUGACCAAGUUCAUCCGUAUAGGCAUCGCGGACAAGAAUGACAACCCGCCGUACUUCGACAAGGAGCUGUAUGAGGCCGAAGUCGACGAGAAUGAGGACAUCCAGCACACUGUGCUUACGGUCACCGCCAAAGAUCACGAUGAAUCGUCGCGUAUUCGAUACGAGAUCACGAGCGGGAACAUAGGCGGCGCCUUCGCCGUCAAGAACAUGACGGGGGCGAUCUACGUGGCGGGUGCACUCGACUACGAAACUAGAAAACGGUACGAGUUGAAGUUAGCCGCAUCGGAUAACCUGAAGGAGAAUUACACGACAGUGGUGAUUCACGUGAAAGACGUGAACGACAACCCGCCCGUUUUUGAGAGACCCACGUACCGCACACAGAUCACAGAGGAAGACGACCGCAACCUUCCCAAACGUGUGCUACAGGUGACGGCAACGGACGGUGACAAAGAUAGACAGCAGAAUAUCGUUUAUUUCCUCACCGGUCAGGGCAUUGAUCCUGAUAAUCCAGCUAACAGCAAGUUCGACAUUAAUCGAACCACGGGAGAGAUAUUUGUCCUCAAACCCUUAGAUCGCGAUCAGCCAAACGGUCGGCCUCAGUGGAGAUUCACAGUAUUUGCGCAGGACGAAGGAGGUGAAGGUCUCGUCGGUUACGCAGAUGUUCAAGUCAAUCUUAAAGACAUCAACGAUAAUGCGCCCAUUUUCCCUCAAGGAGUUUACUUUGGAAAUGUCACAGAAAACGGCACAGCUGGUAUGGUUGUUAUGACAAUGACCGCCAUUGACUAUGAUGACCCCGCCGAAAGUAAUAACGCGAAGUUGUGGUAUUCUAUUGAGAAAAAUGUGAUUGAAGAAGAAACUGGGUCACCCAUUUUUGAAAUUGAACCCGAAACAGGGGUGAUCAAAACUGCUGUAUGUUGUUUAGAUCGCGAAAGAACACCAGAUUAUUCUAUUCAGAUAGUAGCUUCUGAUGGGGGAGGAUUAAAAGGUACGGGGACGGCAUCCAUACGAGUCAAAGACAUUAAUGACAUGCCGCCACAGUUCACAAAAGAUGAAUGGUUCACCGAAGUCGAUGAAACAGAUGGCACUAAUUUACCUGAGAUGCCUAUUCUUACUGUAACGGUUCACGAUGAGGAUGAAACAAAUAAAUUUCAAUACAAGGUUAUUGAAAAUAGCGGUUAUGGUGCUGAUAAAUUUACUAUGGUUAGAAAUAAUGAUGGAACAGGCUCGUUAAAAAUAGUGCAGCCUUUAGACUAUGAAGACCAAUUACAAAGUAAUGGCUUCAGAUUUAGGAUACAGGUUAAUGAUAAAGGAGAAGAUAACGACAAUGAUAAAUAUCACGUAGCUUAUUCGUGGGUAGUAGUUAAAUUAAGAGAUAUAAAUGACAAUAAACCACAAUUUGAAAGAGCGAAUAUAGAGGUGUCAGUUUAUGAAAACGCAGAGGUUGGUAAAAGUUUAGAAACAUUCAAAGCAACAGAUCCAGACCAGGGUGGUAAAAGUAAAGUAUCUUACGCAAUUGACAGAUCAUCUGAUAGAAAACGUCAAUUUUCUAUUAAUCAAGAGGGUACUGUGAGCAUUCAAAGGUCAUUAGACAGAGAAGAUACCCCGAGACAUCAAGUUAAAAUUUUAGCAAUUGAUGAUGGCGUCCCACCAAGAACAGCAACUGCAACAUUAACAGUAAUUGUACAAGAUAUAAAUGAUAAUGCUCCAACAUUCUUAAAAGAUUACAGGCCGGUCCUUACUGAGCACAUUACUCCCAAAAAAGUAGCUGAAAUAUUAGCCACAGAUGAUGAUGAUAGAUCAAAAAGCAAUGGACCCCCAUUCCAAUUCCGAUUGGACCCUGGCGCAGAUGAUAUUAUUCGUGCUUCCUUUAAAGUCGAGCAAGAUCAAAAAGGUGCUAAUGGAGAUGGAAUGGCCAUUGUAUCCUCUUUGCGAUCUUUUGAUAGAGAACAACAAAAGGAGUAUCUUAUUCCAAUUAUUAUUAAGGAUCAUGGAAAUCCUGCUAUGACUGGGACAAGCACCUUAACUGUUGUAAUUGGUGAUGUAAAUGAUAACAAAAUGCAACCAGGUUCUAAGGAAAUUCUUGUUUAUAACUAUCAGGGUCAAGCUCCUGACACUGAAAUUGGACGAGUUUACGUGUAUGAUCUCGACGAUUGGGAUCUACCAGACAAGAAAUUCUUUUGGGAAAGUACAGAACACCCUAACUUCACAUUAAAUGAAGAAACUGGUAUGAUACAAAUGAAACACAAAACUAGAGAAGGUCGAUAUCAUCUAAAGUUCAAAGUAUACGAUCGCAAGCAUACGCAAACAGAUGUCCCUGCCAAUGUUACAGUGUAUGUUAAAGACAUUUCACAUGAAGCCAUAAUAAAUUCAGGAUCGUUACGAAUAUCAGGUAUAUCAGAUGAAGACUUUGUGAGAGUAUGGAAUUAUAAAACACUAAGCGUGUCUAGAAGCAAGUUGGAUAUAUUCAAAGACAAAUUAGCAGAUUUACUUAAUACUGAACGAGAAAAUAUUGAUAUUUUCAGCGUUCAGCUUAGAAAGAAACACCCCCCAGUUACCGAUAUAAGAUUUUCUGCCCAUGGUGCACACUAUUACAAGCCCAUCCGAUUAAACGGCAUAGUAUUAAUGCAUAGAGAAGAAAUUGAAAGAUCUGUCGGAAUUAAUAUAACUAUGGUUGGCAUCGAUGAAUGUAUUUAUGAAAAUCAAAUGUGUGAAGGUUCUUGUACAAAUGUUCUCGAUAUCAGUAAUUUGCCCUAUAUGGUUAAUGCGAACAAAACAGCUCUAGUUGGCGUGAGAGUAGAUGUUAUUGCAGAAUGCACAUGUGGAGCUAGAAAUUUCACCCAAGCAGAAACCUGUCGGAAUUCUCCGUGUUACAAUGGUGGCAGGUGUAUCGAAGGAAAAUAUGGAUUAACUUGUUCAUGUCCUCCAGGUUAUACUGGGCCAAGGUGUCAACAGACAUCAAGAAGUUUUAAAGGAACUGGUUGGGCUUGGUAUCCCGCUUUAGAAAUGUGUGAUAAUUCACAUUUAAGUUUUGAAUUCAUAACGCGCAAAUCGGAAGGUGUAUUGCUUUAUAAUGGACCUAUAGUACCACCUGAACCUGAAGAAAUAAUGGUAUCAGAUUUUAUAUCUGUGGAAUUAGAAAGAGGAAAUCCUAGAUUACUAAUUGAUUUUGGAUCAGGAACAUUAGAACUGAGAGUUAAAACUAAGAAGUCACUAGAUGAUGGAGAAUGGCACAGAAUAGAUAUAUUUUGGGAUACGGAGAAUGUCAGAAUGGUCGUUGACUACUGUAAAUCUGCGGAUAUUCAAGAAAUGGAAGAUGGAACACCUCCAGAAUUCGACGAUUCAACAUGCCAAGCUACUGGAACAAUACCUCCUUUUAACGAAUAUUUGAAUGUUAACGCUCCAUUACAAAUUGGUGGUUUAUACAUAGAACAUUUUGACCCAACUCAUUAUCACUGGCAAUACAUGCCAAUCGGUAAAGGUUUUGAUGGUUGCAUACGGAAUUUAAUCCAUAACAGCAAACUGUAUGAUUUGGCACACCCUGGUUUGUCAAGAAAUUCUGUAGCAGGGUGCCCGCAAACAGAAGAGAUUUGUAAUCAAGCUGAUACUACUUCAAGAUGUUGGGAACAUGGUACUUGCGUGGGAAGCUUUUCAGAAGCUAGGUGUCAAUGCCAACCAGGUUGGACAGGACCCUCUUGUAACUUACCAACUACACCUACUAGCUUUAGACCUCAAAGUUAUGUAAAAUUUGCGCUGAGCUUCGAGCCCGAUAGAUUCAGCACACAAAUUCAGCUACGCUUUAGAACUCGUGAACCGCACGGAGAAUUAUUUAGAGUGAGUGAUCAACAUAAUCGAGAGUAUGGUAUUCUGGAGGUAAAAGACUCACGAUUACACUUUAGAUACAACCUUAAUUCGCUUCGAACCGAAGAGCGAGAUGUGUGGCUCUACUCAGUUCCAGUCGAUGAUGGUCAAUGGCAUAUAGCGCGCGUAAGUCGUUAUGGUAGUGCAGCCACUCUUGAAAUUGAUGGCGGAGAGGGAAGACGUUACAAUGAGACCUUUACCUUCGAAGGACACCAAUGGUUAUUGGUAGACAAACAAGAAGGCGUAUACGCAGGAGGCAAGGCUGAAUACACCGGUGUAAGAACAUUUGAAGUUUAUGCAGACUUCCAAAAAGGUUGUCUCGAUGACAUCAGACUAGAAGGAAAGCAUCUGCCGCUGCCACCAGCGAUGAACGGGACGCAGUGGGGUCAAGCCACUAUGGCUAGGAAUCUCGAUCGCAACUGCCCGUCAAACAGUCCUUGCAUCAACGUCCACUGCACGGAGCCAUUUGUUUGUGUUGACCUCUGGAAUGAAUAUGAAUGCACGUGUCCUGGAGGCUCCAGGCGAGCGGCGGGCACAUGCGUCAACGUGAACGAGUGUUUAGAGAACCCGUGCUUAAAUGGCGGCACCUGCCUCGACCGAGAGCCUGCGAGAAGAUACGACUGCAUUUGCGCCUUCGGAUACACCGGCCAUGACUGCGAGCUCGAACUCCUGGCCUCAGGAGUCAUCACACCAUCAAGAGAUUUCAUUAUAGCUAUCAUUGUCUGUUUAUUUUUGCUUUUAGUCUUGGUGCUGGUAUUCGUGGUGUACAACCGACGUCGGGAGGCGCAUAUCAAAUACCCUGGGCCUGAUGAUGACGUACGGGAAAAUAUCAUCAACUAUGAUGAUGAAGGCGGCGGUGAAGACGACAUGACAGCCUUCGAUAUUACGCCUCUGCAGAUACCGAUAGGAGGACCUUUGCCUGAUCACGCGCCCGCUAAACUACCAUACCCUCUGAUUGGUGUGGGUCUCGGCGUGGGUCCAAUGGGAGUGGGUGUGGCCCCAGGGGUGGGCGUGCCUCUGCCAGGGGAGACCAACGUGGGCAUGUUCAUAGAGGAGCACAAGAGACGCGCUGACAGUGAUCCCAAUGCCCCGCCUUUUGACGACCUGCGCAACUACGCUUAUGAGGGCGGCGGCAGCACCGCGGGCUCACUUUCGUCGCUUGCUUCUGGUACCGACGACGAGACACACGAGUACGACUACCUGGGCGCUUGGGGCCCGCGCUUCGACAAGCUAGCCGACCUGUACGGGCCCGACAUGGACGAACAGCUGUAGGCUGCCCGCAAACCUAGCGCAUCCAGCGCUAAUUUAGUCAAUUGUCUCCCACUCUUAUGCAAUAUGCCCUGUAAAACUGCUUUCACGGGAGCGACACUCCUCGUUACCCUCGGAGUUUAAUUUUGUAAAUAACUAGCCAGGCGUGUCACGUGGACGCCUAACACGACUUGUAAUUCUUAUCAAUUUUAUACGUCUUUAUUUGUAGUAGAAAUGUUUAGCUUAAGUACUUGUUUAAGAUACCUAUUUAAUUGCGUCGUUUUUAUAAAGUUUGAACGUAUAUCUUCACCAAAUACUUGAUAUAAGUUUUUAUUCGAUUUAGCCAUAGGUAUUACGAGUCAGUAUUUUAUUGGAAGUUACUGAAUUAAGCGGAUUUCUGCCGGAGGGCCAGAGGUGAAUUAAAAUCGUGGGUGUUUGUAGAUAGUGUGCUAUAAAUGUGAAUAAUUUAUACGAGUAUUUUGUAAGUCCACAGCUUUACGUGAUAUCACAUAAUUGUUGGCCCUUCCGCAUAAAAUCACUAUUACUUACCUAGUAUAAAAGAAUAUGUUAUAUUUUAUAAAUAACAAUAACGUUAGAUAAAGCUGUCCAAUUGGACAAGGGAGAAUAUAAUGCUCAUUUGAAAUGUGAAAUGUAAAAGGGGUAUGUAAAUACAAUGGUAAUGAAAGGCUACCCCUAUUAUCCUUAGCCGAAAUAUGAAACUAUUGACAUAAUUCAAGUCUAAAUUGUAAGCGAACUGUACAGUACUUGGUGUUCCUCUCCUAAUGUCUCAGUGUAGUUCUAGCAAAUUAAGUAGAAUAAUCUGAAAACGGCUACAGUCUACUCAUCUUACUGUAGGUAAUGUAAUCAUUUCAGUUCUCUGUUGAUUGUGAUCGUGAGUGGUACGAACGGUUGAAUUUGAAUGUAUAAGACUGAGUGGACGUUUUAAAAAUUAUGAGUUUGUUGAAUGUGUAUUUUUAUGUGCGUGAGCUGAUGGGAGGACGUAAUAUAUGUGGUUCGUUGGGACGAGUGCGUCGCAAGUCUCUCGUGACAUUGCGUCAACAUUAACGGAGGGACUGUGCCAAUUUAUUAGCAUUGUAUGACGCAGCUAAUGAAGGUAGACUUAACUGUUUGCACUUUAUUUAUUCGUAUGUUUAAAAUAAACUUAGUCGCACCUAGGAAAAUAUCAAUAACUUAUUAAGAGUGUUGUGCUAGAUAUUAUCCUACCGACAUUGACGUGAGAUAGUUGAUGAAACCUUUAGAAGUCACUAAUUUAUAAAAUUAACUUUUAAGAAUUUAUAGUAAAAUAAUUUAAUAAUAUACAGUUUCUGGAAACUGUCUCACAUCGAUAUCGUAUUACGAUCAGUGUACAUUUUAGAAUAUACUGAAUUGCGUUAAAAUGACUGAUUUUAUUAUGCGUUUAAAAGCCUAAGAUUUUGUAGAUUCGGUUAUUUAAUUAUAGACUUCGAAUACCUUAUCGUAAGGUCACCCACUAGUUUGCACUAAAGACAAAUACAAUUCAAUACAUUAAUAUUAAAGCAAUUCUCGUUAAUUACUAUUCGUGUAAGUAGACAUAAUCUAGUUAGUCACGGUUUUCAUUAUCAUUUAAGUUUUAAUAUCAUUACACUGCCAGUAUCAUACCUACAUAUAGAAGAAUUACGAUAGUUGGUUCAGUCCGAUUUUAUAUUUCAGUCUUUACAAGGUUUUUUAUAGUAAGUUUUUGGACUGUUUUAUAACGUGAUUUAUCCACAACUACUCCGCUCAAUAGAUUCCAAUCUUCCACUGUCAGCUCUGCCACGUCUUGCCGUUGUAAACUCAAUGCCUCGGGCGUUCUAAAUUGUCGUAAAUAUAAAUUUGUAAUUUGUCACACACACAUGUUCACUUUUAUCAUGUGGAUCCUGCAUGUAAGGUUGACACUUUUAUGACAAAUAAACCUCCCACGCCAGAUGUGUUUUUUAUCCAGGCUAAAAUUUCGCAACAUACCUACUUACAUACUAACGAACGAGCAAUCUGAACUAUAACAAAUAACAUGAACGUAAUUUCUUGAAUCAAUUCUUAUACGUUUCAAGUCUUUUUAUUCAAAUAAGUAGCGGGAAUCGAAUCUAGUUAUGUUUUCCUUAAAAUACUAUUGCAAAAUGACUGCGAUAAUUCAAAGGACGUCAGGCAGACUAUAUUUCAAGUUCUACACUAUUAUUUUCCAAAACUGGUUUAUUGUCCUACCAUUUCUAGUUGCAUAUCGUGGCCAAUAUGACUUGUUUAUGCUUGUAUGUUUCACAAAAAACGGUCGCACCACCAGGGCAACAGCUGCAAGCGCUUUUACUCGAGGCACUUUUAUGUUCGGAUAUUAGAACUAGGUUACAAAAUAAUGAGAAAACAGAAUUGACAAUGUGUAAUGUAAGUUCUUAUGAAAACGCGCACGUAGACAUCAUUCCAGAACGUCUCAAAUUGAAGCAUACGUUAUGUGUUGCUUCCAGCUGAUGUUAAUUUAUCUACUGGAAUAUCAGUUCCACGUAUGUGAGCAUUGAGAAAUAUAUAGGUACACAUUUCAGUAUGCGCAAGUGAUCUUUCUGUACUCUCGUUAACUUUAGUUGGGCGAACGAAGCCGUUUCGAGUAUUUCGUAAACGGACUAACACACAACUAUUGUCUAUAUUGCGAACAACGAAACACGUCGAGUUUUAAUUGUUAAAUUGUAAAAUCUAGAAACUAUCCAAACAUAGAAUUUUGUCGUUUUACUAACAUUUACGUCUGAGGCACUUAAAAACGAACUGCGCACUAAAAUUCUACCACUGCGCACUAAAGUCGUUCCAUCCCGUGACUCCUGUAUUAGGCCAUGAAAUAGUUAUCAAGAAACCAGGCAAACGUCUAGCUAGAUUCUAAUAAUAGCUUCUGAGAAAACAAGAUAAGCAUGAUUUAUGUUUGUGAUCAAAAUACAUUUUAAUUAAUUGAUUUAGACAUUUUGCAAUAUCAAUGACAAUCACAAUCGCAAAUUUUUUCGAGCAAUUUUUAAACCAAGUAACUACCUACGUAAGACUUAAUUGCAUUUACGGGCUCUCGCUAGAUGUAUGUCUGUGUAUAAUAAGUACAAAUAAGUAUAAUUAACUUUGUCGUCGCACAUCAUCAUGGCAGAUACUCGUAAAUCUUAAUAGAUUUACGAGAGAUCUAAAUCCCGCACAGCCUCUGUUUUACCUAAUGUCAGUUUGAAUAGUCAAGAAUAAUUUAUUCAAUUUCAGGAGUUGCAAUAGAAAUUUUCAUAAAUGAAGAAAUUGUUCAUCUUUUCAGACGUAAAGCCAGAAUGCGAAACCUCUGAAUCCGUUAAAAUAUUUGCAUGCUUAGCUGUGGUAAAUGCGACAUUUUUACGUAGGUAAGUACCUACUUACUUGUCUACUUUAUGUGUUAAAUAAGGCAAAAUCGCGAUGGUAUAUGAGCAAUUCUUCUGUUGGGCGGGUAUUAUAUACUGUUACUGUUCUGCAUGAUGUGCGCCGACCUCAAAAAUAUUAACCUAAAGAAAAAUGAUGUUAAAUUUCAUUGGUCACAAGAAAAUAAUUUCCUAAACUAGACAGCAGAGCACAGAACCCAGUACAAAUGUAAGAUGGUGCGAGAGCACUGCAUUACCGCCGGUGCACGUAUUUUUUAGACAUUAUAAUUACCUACAUUAUAGUUAUGUUUUGUUUCAACUGUGAUUAUUUAGUUGUACAACUCUGACGAUUACGUAAAAGAACGAAUAAAAUAUGGAAAAAU